AUGUCUGGUCAUAUGCAGGAACCACGUUCGCUGGCCAGACCAAAAGCCAAAGAACUUUUUACGAAACAAGAACUCGUCGGUCGUGGUGCAUAUGGGGCUGUAUAUAAAGGCAUAAAUAAUGAGACGAAGCAAGUAGUGGCUAUAAAAGUAUUAGAUCUUGACACAGAAGAGGACGAUGUCGCAGAUAUUAGAAAAGAAAUAAAUUUAUUAUCUCAGUUGAAGCAUGGCGAAUCGCAGAAUAUAACCAGAUACUAUGGUAGUUAUCUUCAUGGAACUAAAUUGUGGAUUGUUAUGGAGUAUGCUGCGGGUGGGAGCAUAAGGGCUUUGAUGAAGGCUGGUAAAAUAGAAGAGAGAUAUAUCUGUAUAAUAACUAGGGAAGUGUUGCAAGCAUUAAGUUAUCUUCACAAGUGUAAAAUAAUUCAUAGAGACAUAAAAGCCGCGAACAUUCUGUUGACGGCCGAGGGAAAAGUGCAACUGUGUGAUUUUGGUGUGGCGGGACAAUUAACUGCUACAUCAUCCAAGCGGACAUCUUUUGUUGGUACUCCAUAUUGGAUGGCGCCAGAAGUCAUUAAAGAAGGUGCUGCCUAUGACACAAAGGCUGAUAUAUGGUCGUUGGGUAUUACCGUAUACGAAAUAGCUACAGGAAACCCUCCAUUGGCCGAUCUAAGUGCCAUGAGAGCUAUUCAACUAAUUCCAAAGUCUCCUCCUCCACGGUUGGAAGGUGACUUUUCGAAUCUUAUGAAGGAAUUUGUUGCCGCAUGCCUAAAUGAAGUUCCCGAUGAGCGCAUGACUGCAGACGAUUUGAUCAAGUUGAAGUUUAUUAAAUCGAUUUCGAAGCAACAAACUGGCAUUCUCCGUGAACUUAUCACACGGCAUGAAAGCUGGAGACAAGUUACUGGACAUCGGCAUUCCUUCUCUGAUCCAUUCAAUACGCCGUCAAGUAGUAGUAGUGACUCGUAUGAUCGUGACGAAGAGCAUAAAGAUGAGAAUGACUGGAUAUUUGAUACCGUACGCAGCAAUCAUCGUAGAUCCCAAUCUGCAAGUGCAAUUCAGAAUUUGUCUUCCGAUCCAUUGUCACCGGUAAUAGAAAUAGACGAACACAGCAGUGUACAAGAUGACAAUUCGGAUAUAGACCCAAUGCUUACGGGCGGAAGUGAUCCGGAUAAAACCGUCCUAGCAAGAGAAGCAAAUGCUCGCCACCUGAAUGUGCACCAAAAACCUUUUCUCACACCCACUGCACGACCGCUACCGUUAUUGCAACUGUUUGAUCGAUCAGAAGAGAGUUCACAUACAGUCGAAACAUCAUCUUAUUUCAGCAUAUCUACUUCGAUGCCAUCGAUUAAUUUAUCACCAGACAAUAGCGUUUCAUCUAAAUCUCCAAAGUCCAGGUCUUUUUCGACAUCAGACUCGGCGCCUAAUAAUGAUCAAGGAAGAGCAAUGAGCAUGACAUCUACAAACUCGCAAUCCACAUCCGAAGGUAAAUCUAGCAAUAGGGCAUCUUUAAUAGAAGUGGGUUCGCCGCUAUCAGAGUCACCUCCCAAGAUGCAAGAUGAUAAUGAUAUAUCGAAGCCACCUCUGAUGAGACACACAUAUGAUACCCAGGAGUCUUCCACUUCAGCCGUACUUCGGCACAUUCCGCCUUCGAAGACAGUUCUUAUCCCCAAGCGAGCAAGAUCGGUAACUAAUAUCAUGAAUAGGCCAAACGAUGAUUUGGUGAAUAGAAAUGGUGAUGUUGAUGGUAUGCACAGGUAUAUGCCAUCGCGGCAGCGAAGCACAAGUGUGAGCAAUGUAUCGUUCAGAGAUUCACCGCAUCCUGGGCCGCAUUCUGCAGAAGACGAGAACUCGAAUCGUCAUCUUCUUCCAUCGCCAGUGUCAAAGUUUAUCUCGACAUCUACGCCUCCUUCGAUCUCGCCAACUUCUAUUUUAGAUGCUGGUCCAGAAAUUGAUGCCAUCAGGAUGGAUAAAUAUCGCGGAGUGAACGAAGUGCACGAAGACUUGAAAAAGGCUACGGAUGAUCUUUCACGAUGGCUAGAGGUUUUGGAGAUUGGGAUUUCAACAAUCUUGACUAGAUUUUGA